CACUCCCGUGUGAACACUGAGGAGUCCGAGGGCUUGAAUCAAUUCAUUGUAUCCAACACACAGGGAAGAGAAAUCACACUGGUGCAACAUCUGGAGGAAAACCAUUCAGAAUUGUUUUGUAACAGGCGUGGCAAGGCAGGAUCUUAAACACAUGUUCUCAGAUUUCUCCCUUAUAAAAGAAAUAGGUGAGUCAGAAAAACGUGGACAACACACUUGGAAUCUUCAUCCACAGUUGCCUCUUCUUGAAAACCAUUCUUGGUACCGUUUAGUGGCAGAUCUAGGCGUCUGAAUUUGUCGUCAGCAUCAUGAAGACCCUGUUGGGACUCUUUGUCUGCUGUGUGCUUGUAACUACAGGUACUACUUUGGAGUGUGAGGUUUGCACUGGCAUUGGCACCAGUUGCACUGGAAAGAUGCAGACCUGUGAAGCGGGCGAAGACACCUGCACCAUCGCCGUGUCUGAAUGCACCGUAGCUGGAUUCAACUUUCAGAUUCCGUUGAUAUUUAAGGCCUGUGAAUCCUCCAGAUACUGCAACUUGGGACCACAUUAUUUGGAUUUUGGACAUGGAUUUUCAUUAAGGACCAUGGUCAGUUGUUGCGUAGGGGAUGCUUGUAGAACAGCAACUCCUCAAGUGCCUCCCAUCAUCACCAGGCUGAAUGGGAAACAAUGCCCUGCCUGCUUCAGCUCCUAUAAUAGCUGCAGUGCUGGGGACAUGGUGGAUUGUGUUGGACCGCAGACUGAGUGUUUGGAUUUGGCUGUGACUGUCACUCAUGGAACUGUCGUUAGCAGCAGGGUGCAGAAGGGCUGUGUCACCAAGGGGGCUUGUGAUGAUGUAAGCCGAGGUAAAAAGUUGUUGGAAGGGCUCCACUCCAUUAUCACCAAAGCUGAAUGCAGAGCUGCCUCCUAAGCAAGCCCUAGAGAAUGGUUUCACCAGCUGCCUCCUGCAUAUUGCUGGGCUCCUGCCAGCAAAAGACCCCCUUGUAACCCACCAGCAUUCUUCUGCAUGACUCAUGUGUCUUCCUGUUGCUUAUUCACAACUGCCUUCAAAGUACUUCAUCCCUCCCAGGGGAUUUUGAUGUCCUUUUUUGAGUGAAGCCAAUAAAAAGUAACAGCAAUGAAAGCAAAUAAAA